AUGACACGGGAAAAUAUAUAAAAAUAUUAUAAUCAAUAGGUCAAUAGGCAAUUAUACGUAAAAUAAAAUUUUAUAUUUUGAGAUAUUUACACAGGAAUAGGCUAUUUAAAGUAUUGAGAUUUCAUUAAGGUAUUGUCCCUCUUGGUGUUCAAUAUGCAGUGAAUAAUUCAAAUGUAUUAGGCGUAAUACGAAUUACUACAUUUCAAAAAGGAAUUUAUGUGUUUUAUGCAUUGGUAAUAUUUAAUUUAAAAUUAAUGCCAAUAAUUGCUUAGAUUUGAUACUACUGAUGCAACAAAAUGUACUCUAAUUUUAAUUAGUGGCAAAUUCCAGACUAUUAAUAAAGAAUUUAUUUCAUUAGAAAUUAUUCCUGUUAUGUAUUCUGAGAAUCGAGUGGUUAGUUAAACAGGUUAAAAUUUGCCUAAAUGAUCAAAUAUCUAUUAUUCGAUUUGAAAAAAAAACUGAAUCUUUGGAGGACCUUAUAUAUGGGCAUAGUUUAGAUUUUCUAGAAAAAUCAAUAUUAUUGAUCUUCAUGAUAGUUUAUCAAUAGCUUUUAUUGUUGUUGUUGGUCCUUCAUUACAAGGAAGAUGGUAAAUUUAUUUUUUUGAUUUAAAGAUAUCUUAUUUAAGAAUUGA